AUGCGCUCCUCGAGGCCGGGGCGGGGAGACGGGCCCGCCGGAUCUCUUUUACGAAAGCCCCGCGGUGCCAUCGCCCGAAACUACACCGACAGUCGCGCCGGCGCAACCGACUGCUUCGAGGACUUACCCCAGGAUGUCGUGUACAAUGUACUGAUGCACCUUUCGACGGAAGGUCUCUCAGCCCUUCGUCUAGCGUCGAGAAGCAUCGCCUCCCGAAUCCACCCCUCGGAGUUACCGCAAGAGUACUGGGCGAGCCGGUUUUACCCAGGCUUCCAGUACGACAUGGCAUUCUACGCCGCCGCCUCCCCGGAGGACUGGGCCAUGGACAAGACGAGAGACUGGCGGCUGCUCUACGCCAUUCUGCGAAACAUCCUUUCCAACGACACCUCGCCGAACCUCAAGCAUAAGCGCAGUAUUUGGCGCUCGCUGCGGGAUGUGGCGGAGCCCCUGACGUGUCUGAUCAAGGCGGGCCGGGCUUCUUGGUGCGAUAAGCAGGCCGACCACGAGCCGGGCAACGACCCCGAAAGUCACGGCAUGGGGCCCGUGGCGCGAAUCCAUUGGACGAGGAGGAUAGAGGUGGGAGGGGACAUUCCGGAGUACCAGUUUGACGUCUAUGAAUGGGGACUGCUUACCAUUCCAGAGGAUGUCGAAGCUAGGUUUACAGUGUCUUUUGUCAGGUUUAACGGUUACACUUACAUCUCGGGGCUGGUGGUCGAGCAUCAAACUACUGGUGGCGGCGAUGGCCACGUUCAGACGAGCGGGUUGACCGCCACCGACGCACGGGAGAGCUUUUCCCUAGAUGCGGAAGAGCACGUAGUAGAGGUGCGCGUUUACAGCAAAGUCGAUGGAGUCGUGGGCCUCGAUUUCAUUCUCGCCAAUUCGGAACCCAGGUCGGUCGGCAUUCGCGACCUCUCGCAACCGGAAGUAGGCGUAGCACGCCUCAAGCCUAUCCCGGGAAACAAGGUGUGCGGGCUCGGAUUAGCAUUCGACGUUUGCCGCUGCAUAUCCGUUCGAAUUAUCGAAUCCCAGCUUUCCCUUGCUACCCCAGCCCCUCCGCGCUUCACCUCCCGACCACCGAACAACGUAUACCCCUUGUGGAGCCCGUGCCCACCGUCGCCCAGUUCUCGUAGGACGUGGGCGAAAGACCAAGUGCCCAAAGGCGGGAUCACGUCCUCCUUCUUGAAAUGUCUCGAAUUCGGCGGUCCCGACGGAUCGCGCCUCUCCUCGCUCAACCGAGUCUCCGUCCUCAUGGACCCGUCCACGAACCACAUCGCCGGUCUUUGCUUCCACUACAAUGACGGCUCGCAGCUCGGCGACAGGUCCUUUUGGAAACCCGAUUGCCUGCGUACCCUGAGCGACAGGCCGUGCCCCGAACUGUCUUUCGUCAUAGAUGGGAAGAGCGGAGAGCGCAUCACGGAGUUUCGGGCCUUGUCCGAUUUCGUGCCCUCGGAUAGCGUUCUCAAGCCCAUUCGUGGAUUAAAGAUUGUUACCAGUUUUGAUCGCAAGGCCCUGCUCCAGCCGUACGGACGAGAUAUGAAGCUUCCCAGCGGCACACCCGCCAUCCUCCAAGCACCGAGGGGAAAUAUCAUCAACGGCGUUGUGGCAGAGAUGUCCGCAAACCCGGGGGUCAUUAGCCGCCUCAGCAUCCUCUCGACUCGCGCCACCCUGGACCCCGCCCCAGAGUUUGCCGUACUCAGACCUCCUUCCCCAGCCAACGCCGGCGUAGAAGAGCCGAGCAUGGUACGGCUCGACAAUGUCAAGCGCAUCCGGUUCUCGAGGGGUGUGGUAGGAGGCGUACGCGGGCCACGCGACUUGUCCGGGCUGUGGUUCGAGUUCCACGGAUCAGGCGAAGAUACGGUCCUGGGGCACUGGAUUGAGGAGUGCGGCGCCAUCGACGUGGCGCCGGGAGAGUCCAUCUUGGAGCUCAAGGUGUACUUCGCGGCCCGGGAUCCCUCGCGUCCAGAGAUGGGUCGGCUUCGGGGAUUCGGUGUCUCGACCUCGCUGGGACGAUCCAAGGCGGUUCUUCACGCACAUGAUGGGCCGGACAAGGAGGUUCGGGUUUUCACCUGGAGAACGAGCCCAUACUAUAAAACUGUCGGACUACAUUGGAGUUACAGUUCCCUUUGGGACUUGCUACUCCCUCAGCAUGCUCCCUCACCUAUCUACCUCCACUUCCGUUUCCAAUUGGGCGGUGGCUACUACCGGGAAGUGCAAAGGUUCUUCUGGGAGGAAACUGGCGACUUGGGCCAGGCAGUGCGCAUUCGGGCAAUCACGUUGUAUCUCAAAGAAGAUCCACUUAACGCCAUUGGCGGCAUCCAGUGCGACUACGAGGGCGGGGUCACCAAGACGGUUGGUGAGUGUCGCGGCCGAUCUUUGCUAUCAACCUAG